UUCCGGGGAUCCGGAUGUGCAUCUCCACGAGGUGAACGCGAAAUGGAGGCCUCGGCUUCUACCCCACUGUCAACCUCAGCCGAAACUUCAGCUUCGACUCCAGCGACCCCGGUCGGCCUGGAGCAGCUGGACGAAGAGCAGAUUAAAAAGGCAGUAGAAGCUCUGUUGGCACAUUACAGAUCCAGGAAAAACGCAAAUGGAUUGCUUUUGAAUGAGAAUGAAAAUUUCUUUUUAAUGGUGGUAUUAUGGAAAAUUCCAAGUAAAGAACUGAGGGUCAGAUUGUCCUUGCCUCAUGGUAUUCGAUCAGAUUUAGCAGAUAUCUGUUUAUUUACCAAAGAUGAACCUAAUUUAACUCCCGAACAGACAGAACGUUUUUAUAAGAAGCUUUUGAACAAGCAUGGAGUUAAAACCAUUUCUCAGAUUAUCCCCCUCCGAACUUUAAAAAAGGAAUAUAAAGCCUAUGAAGCUAAGCUCCGCCUCUUGGGUAGUUUCGACUUCUUCAUUACGGAUGCCAGAAUCAGGCGGCUCUUACCCUCACACCUCGGGAGACAUUUCUACAACAGAAAGAAAGUUCCAGUACCUGUAAACCUUCAGGCCAAGAAUUUGUCCUGAGAGAUCAGUGACUGUGUAGGGGGAACUGUCUUAAACAUCUCUAAAAGUGGUUCUUGCAGUACCAUCUGCAUCGGUCACACUGGGAUGCAAGUUCAGCACAUCGUCGAAAACAUUGUUGCCGUCACAAAAAGGCUUUCACAGAAACUGCCGGAGAAGUGGGAGAGCGUGAAACUCUUGUACGUGAAGACUGAGAGGUCGGUUUCCCUGCCUGUCUUUUCUUCUUUUGUCAGCAGUCGUGGUGAAGCCAGGGGACUACGCACACAAAGUCAGAAGAAAAAGGUAGCAAAGAAAAGCCAAAAGAAGAAAGAACGUCUUAAAAGACAGCAGGAGAAGAAAGGAGACAAGAAGCUUAUGAAACAGGCUGGAAAGGCUGCACCAGCCCCGACUACAGAUGCACCGGCCCCCAAAACUGGUGGUGCUCCAGCCCAGGGCCCUGGACCCCAGAAGGAGACUGGUGGGGUGAGCGCCCCCCCUAAAGCUCAAGACGAGUCUGAAGAUGAAAUCCCACUGCUGGUACCAGUGAAGGAAACUCCAGCUGCAAGAAGCGUAAAGACACAAAAAGAUGCUGCAGGAAAGAAGUCUCCAAUGAAGAGUCCUGGUCCCAACACACUUCAUGGGAAGAAGAGAAAGGCCUCCCCAGCUUUGGACCCAGCAGCUGCGGAGCCCAAGACCCCAGGUAAAGGCCCAGGGAAGAAGGCAAGAAUCAAAGAAGAGAUGGAGAAAGAAAGAACCUCUUCGCUGGGGAAAAAAGACCCAAGACAGACUCCUAAAAAGCCAGAGGCCAAGUUCUUCACUACUGCUAGUAAAUCUGCGAAAAAAACUCCCCGUACCCCAAAGAUGUGGCCCAAAAAACCCAAAGUACCCCAGUCAACCUAAAAUCAGAAACUCAACCAGCAGGAAACUCAUCAGAGCUAUCUAAAGAGCUUGUAAAAAAUACCUGGGUCCUGACCCCUGUUGCAACCACUGAGUGAGGCCUAGACUUAAAUAGUUUUUAAAACCUCCACAAGUAAUUCUGAUACAUGUUCAUGGGUGUAAGAACCAGUAGUUUGAAGUAAAUCCAUUCAUUUCAUUGCUCUUCUUUGUAUUUGCUAAUGCAGUAGAGGGAAAAUACAGUGCUUCUCUGUGGUUGUGUUUUUUAUUAUUAAAGUUAACAUUUGUUUCUCAG